AUGCUCAUCUCAACACAUCUCGGUAUCUUUGCCAGCACCGCCGCUCUGGUGACGGGUCAAAACACAGGGGUCGCUGGCAGCAGCAGCAGCAGCAGCAGCAGCAUCCAGCCCACGACCGUCACGCCGCCCACUGCAGCGACCGGCUCGCUCACCGUCACAGCGCCCAUCCAGACCGGCUGCCCGACCGUCACGACAACGGGCAUCCAGUGCUCGACCUGCGUCGUGCCGGCCUGCCUCCAGAUCUCGACCGUCACGCAGUCGUGCGGCUGCCCGACGCCCGUGCCGACCCAGACCGUCAACUGGCCCUGCCAGGGCGGCUGCGGCGGCCUGUCGUGCGCCACGUCGUACGUCGUCGUCGCCCAGUCGGCGCUGGGCUGUCCUCUGAACGGCUCGAUCCCUCUCCUCCAGCCCCCGACUCAGCUCCUGCCAUCAUCGGGCGGGCUGUCGUCGACAACCACGCCGGACGGUCAGGUGCCAAGCAACAGCAGCGAUGUGGCCCCGGGACCAACAGCGGCCGGGGCAAGGAUAAUGCCUUUUAAGUUUUGGUUGUGA